AUGGGGCCUCCCGGCGCGGCGAACGACCAGCGCAACACAGCAGCACGCACCGACGGCGGUGGUCGUCUCAGUUGUUCUGGCACAUGCCUUAGUGAAAAAAGCGCGACCAGCGCUGACUACACCACUCGUUUUGUGGAUGGGUUGAAAAGUGAAAUUCGCUCUGCUGUAGUAAUUCAGCGUCCUCCCGAUGUAGAUACUGCUUGUGUUCUUGCUCUGUUGCAGGAGGAGGUCCUGGAUCGUGAUCGGCAAACCCAUGUUCGGCCGUUUCUGUUUUCUUCGGCUGCUCGUCAACCGGCCAAGACACCUCUGCCAUUGCCUUUGCCUCCGGCACCAGACAAGAUCAGUGCCACAGUUCCUGCAACUGACAGGCGUGCUCCUGAACCUACUCGUGGCAGGCCGUAUGAUGAUAAAUUGGCUGCUCUGCGUUCUUAUCGUCGUGCCAAGGGGCUGUGUAUUAAGUGUGAUGAGAAAUGGCAUCCUGAUCACAAAUGUCCUGACUCUGUUCAGCUGCAUGUGCUCCAGGAAGUGUUUGAUCUUCUCCAGCUUGAAGAGGAACCAGUUGAUGAGGAGGUGGCCUCUCAGCAUCAUUCUGAACAGCUGUUUUGUGCCUUGUCCGAUAGUGCUGUGUCAGGUACAGAAGGUCCUCGAACAAUGAAAUUCCAGGGUUCCAUUCAGGGGUUGCCAAUUCUUAUUCUUAUUGACUCUGGUAGCUCUCAUACCUUCAUCAGUUCUACAGUGGCAUCUAAGUUAUCAGUUCAUUCUCAGUUGCCUGCACCUAUUGGAAUUCUAGUUGCUAAUGGUAACUACUUGCAGUGCACUACUCAAUUGUUGCAAGCUGAAUGGCUGGUCCUGGGAUGCUGUUUUCAGACAGACAUGAAGAUAAUUCCUCUCAGCCACUAUGAUCUCAUUGUAGGUAUGGAUUGGUUGGAAAUUUUUAGUCCUAUGAAAGUGCAUUGGCAGCAUUGUUCAUUUGGACCCAGGAGCAUCCUUUCAGACUCUACAGAAGGCUCUUAGCUCGGCCCCAGUGCUGGCUUUACCUGAUUUUGCAGUACCAUUUUGCAUAGAGACUGAUGCUAGUGGUUUAGGCAUUGG